AUGGAGAAUGGCGACCCGCAACCUGCUCGCCGGUCCCGCAUCCUCUUCCUAGAUGCCUACGACUCCUUCACCAACAACAUUGUCUCCCUCCUCACAGAGCUCCUCAAUGUCCAGGUCUGCGUCCGGCGGAUGGAUCUGUCCCCCUUCCCGCCUGAGCGGGGGCCCUCGUGGACGCGGGAGGAGCUCGUCGACCGCCUGAGCGGGUUCGACGCCGUGGUCUGCGGCCCGGGCCCCGGGUCGCCGCUCAACCCGGACGACGUGGGCGCCUUCAGGACGCUCUGGGACCUGGCUUCGGCCGAGGCGGUGCCCGUCCUGGGCGUCUGCCUGGGGUUCCAGAGCCUGGUGUGCCACUCUGGCGGGGAGAUUAGGAAGCUGAGGAGGGGCUUGCAUGGGAUGGUGAGGGACAUCGAGUAUGAGGGCCGGGACAUCUUCAGCGGGGUGCGGCCCUUCAAGGCGACGCUGUAUCAUAGUCUGUGUGCGGAUCUUGGGCAGGAUGCUGUUCCUGCGUCGGAGUGGCCGCUGCGGCAGUAUAAGCCUUUCCCAGGUGCGCCGGAUCUGAUACCGCUGGCUUGGUCGAGGGGGCAUGUGGACGAGGGAGAGGAUGAGCGCAUCCUCAUGGCGGUUAAGCAUGCUCGGAGACCGUUCUGGGGGCUGCAGUACCACCCAGAGUCUAUCUGCACCCACCCCGAAGCGCACGACGUACUGAGAAACUGGUGGGCCGAGGCCCAGAGAUGGAAUGCCGUGUCCAGGAUGAGGCCAUUGCACCCUCUCGCAGAAUCGGAAUCCGGCGAGGUGGAAACUCCAACGCAUACGGAUCAGUACAACAAACUCAGUCAGAAGUAUGGACAGAUUUCCUAUGAGCUCUUCGAUACCACACACGCGGGUCCUCAGUCCUACUCCUUCGUCAAAUUGAAUAUCCCGCAAGACCUCACGGCAGUGGAAGUGGCAGAAGCAUUGGGCGAAGGCAAGGACGAUACCAUCGUCCUCGAUUCAUCUAGUGCCUCCAAGGGCGACCCUCUUGCCCUAUACAGCAUCAUCGCACUCGAGGCCGACAAGGCGCCGCGCCUCAAACACCGAGCUGGCGAGAGGUUUGUCACACUCUCCUCGCCGCCCCAGCAGCCGGGUCUUCCGGCGCAAGAAGAAAGAAUCGGCUACCUUGACUCCGCGCCCGGAGAGUUUAGCCCGUGGCAGGUUUUCUCCAAGUUUUGGUCCGAGCGGAGACUGGAUGUCUCAAGUCUGCCGGCGGGCCUUCCCGAUGUCUUCAAAGGGGGUCUCAUUGGAUACGUCUCAUAUGAAUCAGGUCUGGACGCCCUCUCUCCCGGCGUUCUUCCCACGGAGAGAGGCCACCGCCGUCCUGAUAUCUGCCUUGCAUGGGUUACAAAGAGCGUCGUACUCGAUCAUCGAGCAAAUGCGGCAUACAUCCAGACCAUUAGCAACGAUCCAAGCGCUGGCCAAGACUACUGCAAAGUGGUGGCUGACAAGUUGCGCAACGCACCCUGCAUGAGCAACCAAGGGGUGUAUAGCCAGGCGCACAGAAGCGGAGUUGACCAAUGGCAACAGUGCCCAGGAGAGGUCUUCCAGUACCAGCUGCCAAACGCCGCCACCUACCAGGACAAAGUCCGCAGGUGCCAGGACUCCAUCAAGGAGGGGAACUCGUACGAGCUCUGCCUGACAGAUCAAACAUUCAUCACCCGCACUCGAGGCGACGACGUGCCGCCUCACGUCAACACCAAGGGCGCUGCCUUGAACCGCGCCACGCCAUGGGACAUCUUCAAGCGGCUCCGAUCUCGCCAGCCAGCGCCGUUCGGGUCGUUUGUCAAACUUGGCGGCGCGACCCUGAUCAGCAGCUCCCCGGAACGGUUCCUGCAGCAUACCUCGGAGGGAUUGUGCGCCAUGCGCCCGAUGAAGGGGACGGUGCGCAAGUCCGACCAGGUGUCGACCCUGUCCCAGGCAGAGGAGAUCCUCCACAUCCCGAAGGAGGAAGCAGAGAACCUCAUGAUCGUCGACUUGGUCCGCCAUGACCUCCACGGCAUCUGCGGCGCGGGCAAGGUCACGGUCCCCGAGCUGCUGAAAGUAGAGGAGUACGCCACCGUCUUCCAGAUGGUCACCAACGUUCAGGGCCAGCUCAACGCCGAGCGCGAGGCGGCCAAACACCGACGAAAGUCCGACUUCAAUGGAUUAGACGUCCUCUCCUCCGUGCUCCCGCCCGGCAGCAUGACCGGCGCGCCCAAGAAGCGCAGCUGCGAGAUCCUGUACGGCCUCGAGAAGGGCAUCGAGCGCAGCCUGUACUCCGGGGUCGUCGGCUACAUGGACGCGGCCGGCAAGGGGGACUGGAGCGUCACCAUCAGGGCCAUGUUCAGGUGGGACGACGAGCUGGCGCCGCCGGCCGAGGGCGAGGCGGAGAAGAGGGAGGUGUGGCACAUUGGCGCCGGCGGCGCAGUCACCAUCCUGAGCACGCCCGAGGGGGAGCACGACGAGAUGGUGACCAAGCUCACGGGGCCGCUGGGGAUUUGGAAGGCAAUGGAAUAG